AUGACACCCUUCAGAAGGAUAGCUAAAGAGUUGGAAGAGUGCCGUCAGGAUACAAAAUCAGGUAUUGUUUUAAAGUUAAAUAAUGAAAGUGAUUUGACUCGAUUAACCGGGUAUUUUAAGGGCCCGCCAGGAACGCCCUAUGAGAAAGGAACAUUUCAAAUAGAUAUCACUAUUCCAAAUGAAUACCCGUUCAAACCACCUCAGAUGAAAUUUGCGACUAAAAUCUAUCACCCUAAUAUCUCGUCUGUGACAGGAGCUAUAUGCUUGGAUAUUCUCAAGGACGCCUGGACGCCGAUCCUCACUCUCAAGAAUUCAUUGAUUUCGUUACAAUCCUUAUUGCAGUCGCCAGAGCCGAAUGAUCCUCAGGAUGCAGAAGUUGCUAAACAUUACUUAUCGAACAAGAAAGGCUUCGAGGAGACAGCUGCCCAUUGGACUAAGAUUUAUGCCAGCGACGGUGACAAAGUCAACCUUACAGAUCAGGACGACGCUGCGUUAUAUGGCAUUGAUAACGAUAUUGUUGUACAGUUUGAGAACAUGGGCUUUCCCAGGGAUAAAACUAUCGACAUUUUGAGAAGAAUGGGCAUCAAGAGUUUUGCUGGUGUUAGUAACAAAGGCGACUUGGAGAAUAAAAUUCUAGAGGAAUUGUUGAAAGAGUGCCAAUGA